GUAUAAGGAUUAGCGGGUACCGGCUCCCGGAAGGUCACCGUGUGAAGGAGGCGGUGGGUACGCGGGUCUCCCCGCUGUUUCUGGGGAGCAACGGCAAAACAGACGAACCUGGCCUGAGGCGGCGGUGAGAAGCAGACGAGCAGUUUGCUGCGACACCAUGGAGAGCGGCGGGGGAAGCGGGAACAAAACCACAGGGGGGUUGGCCGGCUUUUUUGGAGCGGGCGGGGCAGGUUACUCGCACGCGGAUUUGGCCGGCGUCCCGCUGACUGGUAUGAAUCCUCUGUCUCCGUAUUUAAAUGUGGAUCCACGAUAUCUCGUUCAGGAUACAGAUGAGUUUAUUUUACCGACUGGAGCUAAUAAAACCCGGGGCAGAUUUGAGCUGGCCUUCUUUACCAUUGGAGGAUGCUGUAUGACAGGGGCUGCAUUUGGAGCGAUGAAUGGUCUACGGCUAGGAUUGAAGGAAACCCAGAACAUGUCCUGGUCCAAACCGAGAAACGUACAGAUUUUGAACAUGGUGACUAGGCAAGGGGCACUUUGGGCUAAUACUCUAGGUUCUCUGGCUUUGCUCUAUAGUGCAUUUGGUGUCAUCAUUGAGAAAACACGAGGUGCAGAAGAUGACCUUAACACCAUAGCAGCUGGAACCAUGACAGGCAUGUUGUAUAAAUGUACAGGUGGUCUUCGAGGGGUAGCACGAGGUGGUCUAGCAGGACUAACGCUUACCAGCCUCUAUGCACUGUAUAAUAACUGGGAGCACAUGAAAGGCUCCUUACUCCAACAGUCACUCUGAAGAUUUUGCCACCUUAGGAGUGGAGGACACUUUAGUAGUCAUCCCGAUCAAUUUUUAUGUCAGUCUGGAGUUACUCUUUCUUCCUACAAUUAGUUUCAAAAAUUGGAGAUUCCAGUUUGCUGUGGUGAAGAUCAUGGAUGGUUGACCAGGACUGGCAUUCCUUCUACCCAGAGUUGAAGCCAGAACCCUCUGGAGGCUGAGUAUGUGGUUCUCCCCUACUCCCUGAACUGGAAAACUGCUUACUCACAGAAUUCAGGUCAUGAUUGUUAAUACGGUAUCACCACAUUUGUUUAUUUAAUGAUCUGAAACUGUAAUGUUGCCUUGUAUUCCCAAUAAAAGGUGAAAAUAGAACCAAAGUGUAAACAUA